AUGUCGAGCCUGGAUCGCCCGGCACGAAGGCACAUCCGCGCAAAAGCUGUUCUGACAUCGUCCACCUCGCAGGAUGGCAUCGCCAACUGUGCACCGGCCAUCAGUAGUGCUGAAGCGGCCGCCAUCGCUUCCUCCUCUGCUAUGGCAUCCAGGCCACCUGCAAGCAGCACUGCAUUCAUGGGCCUCGAUCCGCUCUCCGCCGAGCCGGACGCGGUCUUCGAGAAGCUGCAUGUAAAAGCCGCUGAAGAAUUCGAGCAGUCUGUCAGGGAUGCGUACCAAGAGUCGCAGGCCGCGCUGCGAUCACUUGUAUCGACUCAGUACCCAGAAAUGCUUGGGACAGCUUCAAGUGUAAUCGAAAUGGCAGGCUCAUCUCGCCGCCUGUUGCAGCAUAUCACGACAUUCCGUGACACAGCUCUUGCUCCAGAGCCCCUGGGACCGUCCAAGCUGGAAAAGGGGAAAGCGCGCGAAGAUGACAUCGCAGCGGAGACGGAGAUUUACCGGUUGGCAGCUGCAACAAAGGUGGUGGAUGAGCUGCCAGCGUUCGGGAGAGACUUUCUUUCGCGGAGAAGAGCCCAUCCCUUUACUCUACAUGCUGCUUGGGCGUACAUGGUCGGGCGUACUGCAUGGGGGUACCUUUCGGAGCGGACCAAAAUGCUCGCGGGGAGCGAAGCAGCCGUCUUGUUCCCGAGUCUUGUAAACAAGAGGGAGGAGCUGGCGGCUUUACGGACAGAAGUCAUCCAAACCUGUACCAAGCAGCUGGAGCAAGAUCUUAUCAGCUACACAGCCAUGAUGUCGCAUUCAAUUGCUAUGGUAUUACUCGACCAUGCACGACCUAGCGAGAUGUUGCAAUUUGUUCUUGGCCUUCGGAAACGUGCUCUGGCUGCCAUGAGCUACGCCGGGGAUACCAUUGACGCUGUGGAGGCUCGGCACGGUACCGAAGUGCCCCCGCAUGCUCGCCUCUCUGCACGCACCAUCAUCGACAAGAUCUCCACAAAGGCUUCCUUGAUGAACUUCCUCCCGGAUGAGAUUGUCAAGUACUGCCCAUUUGUCGACUUCAGCGGAGCUGGCACUAGUCAGGAGGAAUUUGAUCGAGCACUGAGUCAGAUUUGCACCUGGAGCGAGGACGUUAUCAGUACUUGCUGGCAGGAGCAAGGCUUGCAAAGCAUGUUUGCCGGUCUAGCCACAGUUGCAGACAUAUCGAGCGUGGCAGCAGCAAUCUUUUCGUACACUUCCGAAGUCAAGCAAAUUCUACGCACAAGUCUUCACGCCGGUGGCGACCGCACAGAUGCAAUACACCAUACCGUGGAUCAGAGCGUGGACGCUUUCCGCUCUGCAGCGCAGAGAGUUCUCGACGAGCGCCUCGUCGGCCUCUACCGCGAGCGUUUGGACGAUAUCGCGCGGUCCUUUACCUACGAAUGCGAUGCCCUUACCCUGGAGGAACCACCCGAUCUCAUUCAGUGGCUUCUUGCCGAUGGACAGGGAGCCAGUCUUGACGAUCGGUUAUGCGGCCAUACGCCAGCUGUGCGGCGGGUACUCGCGCACGCCGAGCAGCAGGCAAGCGAUGUUGCACAACAGAUGCAGCGCUUUUGGGAGGACGCUCCUCGGUCGAAGGAGCAUUCAGGCCAUCUCGAGCAUCUUCGGAAACAAUUUGCAAACAGUGUCACUGCGCUUUUUGAUAGCCUUGCCUCCGCUUUACAGAAAAUUCCUCGAUCUGCCAACAACAUCCUCUUCGCGCACCACGCCGUUGCAUCAAUUGGCGCAGGCAGCGCAGCUUGA